AUGUCUCAUUUUAAAUUGAUUUCAUCAACGAAAGCCUCCGACGUGGUUCCUGUUAACAAAUAUGUGUCGGAGAAGACCGGUAUUACCGUGAUUAUAGCUGGAGUUGAAGGGCCUUUAGUUAACGGAUUCUUUUGUUUGGCAACUGAGGCCCACGACGAUGAUGGUCUUCCACAUACUUUGGAGCAUCUGAUCUUCCUUGGAUCUGAACGGUACCCAUACAAAGGCAUCUUGGAUCUCCUUGCCAACCGAUGUAUGGCGCAUGGCACAAACGCAUGGACUGACACUGACCAUACAUGUUAUACGGUGUACACUGCGGGUGAUGCUGGUAUGCUGACCCUGCUACCUAUUUACUUGGAUCAUAUUCUUCGGCCUACUCUUACGGACCAUGGUUUUAUUACCGAAGUCCACCAUAUCGAUGGGGAGGGAGAGGACGCUGGUGUUGUGUACUGUGAAAUGCAAGGAAGAGAAAAUACUUCAUAUUGUAGAUGUGAACUUCAAUUACUGCGAGCAAUGUACCCAGAUAGCGGUUACUCUGCCGAAACUGGUGGCAUUAUGAAAAACCUUAGGACCUCUACUGAUAACACUAAAGUACGAAACUUCCAUAAGAAAUUUUACCGUGCAGAGAACUUGACGAUUAUAUUGACCGGUCAAAUUGAAGCAGAAGAUGUGUUCGCAGCUUUAUCUACCGUGGAAGAUGACAUCAUUGCCAAGAAAGCCAGUGAACCUCAAGAGGAAUGGGUGAAGCCUUGGCAGACCAUCCCUCCCAAACCUAAAUAUGGAGAGCUGAAGGUCCAGUGGCCAGCAGACACUGAAGAUUGUGGUCAGGUGAUAUUCGGCUGGCGCGGUCCGCUCCUAACAGAAGAAGAUGCCCUAAAGAACUUGACAGCGGUUGCUAUACUGCUGCGCUACCUCUGUGAUACCGCUGCCGCGCCGUUACAGCGCUGCCUCGUCGAAAGAGAAGAUGCUUUGGCUGGAGACAUCUCAUACAACCUUACAGAAAACAUAUCUUCUUUAAUAAAGAUAGAGCUAGAUAACGUGCCUAUGGACAAGUUGGAACAGGCGCGGGAUGAAGCACUGAAGUGUUUGAGCUCAGUGCGCAGUGGAGAAGACGUCAUAGAUAUGGAGCGUUUGCGCAGGUUGUUGCGCAAACAGUUGCGCGAGUCCAUUGCCAGUUUGGAGUCUGAUCCUCAUCAUGCUGUAGCGUUUAGAUGUAUUGGAGACGCUCUAUAUUCUCAGAAUGAACAUCAUUUCACGUCCCGUAUGAACCCUCAAACGGACCUGACGGCCCUUCUAGAAGAGACUCCACAGUACUGGCUCGGUCUUAUACGCAAGUACUUCACUGAGGACAUCGUCACCGUCAUGGGAUCACCUAGCAUCGAACUGCAGUCCAAAAUGGCAGAAGAAGAGAAGAAUAGAAUAGAAGAACAAAGAAAACAGCUUGGUGAAGAUGGUUUAGCUAAGAAGGCAGCACGGCUACAGGAAGCUAUGGACUUCAAUGAGCGUCCUCCUCCCGCGGGCACUCUAGCCUCAGUCCCGGUACCUCCCAGCAACUUCAAAUGUCACAAGAUCGACUCUUGGAGCACAGAUGGGGAGAACUGCCCACAUUUUGACCUCAAAGAAAUUCCUAUAUACACCAGGGUACAUAGCUUGAAGACCAACUUCGUUUAUAUCAACCUGAUAUUCGACACGACCUCAGUAGACGAGUCGACGCGCAAGUGGCUCCCUCUACAUAUGAACGGACUGGCAGAGUGCGGAGUUCGCCGCGGGGAAACACUAAUCCCCCACGAGGAAGUUAUCUCCACCACGGAACAACUUACUGUCAUGUUCAAUAACAACAUCGGCUUCGAUCGUUCUGGAAACUUCUCUAUCGGACAUUUUGGCAACUUUGUCCAUAUUGAGACUAGGUGUGAACCCCAAGAUUAUGAGGAAGUUGUAAAUCAUUUGUACGAGAUUCUAUACGCCGCGGAGAUCACGAAGGAAAGGCUGCUAGUUUUCGCACAGAGGCUAAUCAACGAUGUCGCACAGGUACGAAGAUCCGGUGACAAGAUGAUGUACGAUGCGCUUCGAGACUCUGUCUACAGCAAAAACAGCAACUUGCACUGGUGCACAGUACUAAGGCAGCAAAAAUUCCUAAAAGAGCUGAUAGAACAGCUGACAGCCGGUGGAGAUUCCGCCGAGUCAGCUCUCUUAGAAGCCAGGAAAUCAUUCAAGAGUAUCACUGAGAACGCGUGGCUCCAUCUAGCGACAGACUUCGAAAGAUAUAAGCUGAGCACUGAACCUUGGAAGAGGUUCGCUAGGGAGAAUGAAAUUACGCCUUUGACUCCCCGACUAUACUGGGACGCGGAGCUGCUCUCGUCGUUCGGCGGUGGGUUCGUGCUGGGCGUGGGCGGCUGGGAGUCGUGCUGCGUGGCGUCGCUGAGCCCCGGCCCGCGCGGACACUCCGCCGCCGACGUCGCGCCACUCAUGGUCGCACUCAACUACUUCACACAGCUUGAGGGACCAAUGUGGCGUCUAAUCCGUGGUUGUGGCCUAUCAUAUGGCUACGCUAUCCGCAUGUCCCCCAACGAGGGCAGACUGAUAUUCUCCCUGUACAGAGCAACUAACGCCGUCGCAGCCUACAGCAAAGCUAAGAGCAUUUUGGAAGAAUACUUGAAGGACGCGAAGUUUGACGACGAUCUAUUCGCCUCCGCGAAGAGUACGGUGCUGUUCGAGGUGGUGGAGAACGAGAAGUGUCCCGCGGACGUCGUGAAACGAUCACUCAUGUACUACCUGUAUAGGGAAGCACCCUCGUAUAACAAUGAUCUAGUAAAGGCGAUAUCAGCAGUGACUCCUGAAGCAGCUCACGCGGCGGCCGCCAAGUGGUUGCCUUCACUCUUCGACACGGAGCAAGGCAAGCUGGCCAUCGUCUGCCAUCCUACUAAAGUCAACGACAUGAAUACUGCCUUCGAAAAAAUGAACGUGAAACUGGAUGUUUACGAGUCGAUGGAAGCGUCGCAUUUUAACAAUUAA